AGCGGCCGUCCGUCGCCUCCCUCCCCCCGUUUGACAUUUCCAGAUCCGCGCGCGUCAUGCGGUCCCGCCCCUCUCUUCCCCAUCCUCGAUCCCCAAACGACGAGGAUGACAUUGCCAGCGUCGGCGCGCGAGAUAAAACACACGGCGAAACAAGGCGGCGCCUCCUCCCUCGGUCGCGGUUAGUUGCGCAAGCGUAACCUCCCCCUUUAUCUCCUCGGCCUUCUCCUCCCUCCCGACUAGGACCGCCGCCUUUGUCCCCACGCGCCCAUCCACGGAAGGGAGAAUCCCAACUCGUCCUCUUUCCUUUUGAUCCCCAUCCCGAGUUCCCAACACGCCAUGCCUGCGGCGUGCGCGCGCAGGCCCGUGUCGUAGCCAACUAACCCAAGCGCCUCACGCCUUUUGUUCCGCAUAUCUGCCUCUGGCUCUGCUCCGAUCCAAGGCCGCUGCGGCGACCGACCGGGUGAUCCUCCUCGGCUGCGGUUUCUGCGCUAGCUGUACCUUAUGGAUGUCAUCAGCAACGAGGCCCGGGUGGGGGCGUUCGCGAUCGGCCCGUCCACGGCGGCGGGCCGCGCGCUCGCGCUGCGCGUGCUGCUCUGCGGCUCGCUGGCGCGGCUGCGGCACCGCCUCGCCCUGGCGCUCCGCGCCGCGAUGCCCCUGGUGGCGGCGUGGCUGCACCCGCGCGAGAACACGCGCGGGAUCCUGCUGGCGGUCUGCGCCGUGGCGCUCCUGCUGCGCGGCCGGGGGGGCCGCGCCGGGGUGCGGGCGCGGGUCCAGUCCGCCUACCGCCGCAAGUUCUGGCGGAACAUGAUGCGCGCCGCGCUCACCUACGAGGAGUGGGCGCACGCCGCGCGGAUGCUCGAGAGGGAGACGCCGCGCCGCGCCACCGACGCCGACCUCUACGACGAGGAGCUCGUGCGCAACAAGCUCCGCGAGCUCAUACACCGACGGCAGGAGGGGUCGCUCAGGGACAUCGUCUUCUGCAUGCGCGCUGACCUGCUCAGGAACCUUGGUAACAUGUGCAACCCCGAGCUCCACAAGGGGAGACUGCAGGUGCCUAAACUCAUCAAGGAGUAUAUUGAGGAGGUAUCUACCCAGCUGAAGAUGGUGUGCAAUUCUGAUUCAGACGAGUUACCUCUGGAAGAGAAACUGGCAUUUAUGCAUGAGACAAGGCAUGCCUUUGGUAGAUCAGCCUUACUGCUAAGUGGAGGUGCUUCAUUUGGAUCUUUUCAUGUGGGUGUUGUGAAAACCUUGGUAGAACAUAAGCUUCUACCUAGGAUUAUCUCAGGAUCAAGCGUUGGCUCAAUAGUGUGUGCUAUUGUAGCCACACGGUCAUGGCCAGAAUUGGAAAGUUUUUUUGAGGAAUGGCAUUCCUUGAAAUUCUUUGACCAGAUGGGCGGGAUCUUUCCUGUGUUUAAAAGAAUUUUGACACAUGGAGCUGUUCACGACAUUAGGCACUUACAGAUGCUUUUGCGAAAUCUUACAAGCAAUUUGACAUUUCAAGAGGCCUAUGAUAUAACUGGCCGUGUUCUCGUUGUCACUGUGUGUUCCCCAAGGAAACAUGAGCCACCUCGAUGCCUGAACUAUUUGACAUCACCUCAUGUUCUCAUCUGGAGUGCAGUAACCGCUUCAUGUGCCUUUCCUGGACUUUUUGAGGCCCAAGAGUUGAUGGCAAAAGAUAGAUUUGGAGAAACCGUUCCUUUUCAUGCUCCAUUCUUGUUGGGUGUGGAGGAACGAGCGGAUGCUGCAACUCGGCGCUGGAGAGAUGGGAGCUUGGAAAGUGAUUUGCCCAUGAAGCAAUUGAAGGAAUUAUUCAAUGUAAAUCAUUUCAUAGUGAGCCAAGCCAAUCCUCACAUAGCUCCAUUAUUGAGACUAAAGGAGAUCAUCAGAGCUUACGGAGGCAGCUUUGCUGCCAAGCUUGCUGAACUUGCUGAGAUGGAAGUUAAGCAUAGGUUCAAUCAAGUUCUGGAACUUGGAUUCCCGUUAGGAGGAAUAGCUAAGUUGUUUGCUCAACAUUGGGAAGGUGAUGUCACAAUUGUUAUGCCAGCCACUCUUGCUCAGUAUUCGAAGAUCAUACAGAAUCCGUCGUAUGCUGAGCUUCAGAAGGCUGCAAGGCAGGGUAGGCGAUGCACUUGGGAGAAGCUCUCGGCCAUCAGGGCAAAUUGCGCUAUUGAGCUUGCAUUAGAUGAAUGUGUUGCCCUCCUGAACCACAUGCGUAGGCUAAAGAGAAGUGCAGAAAGAGCAGCCGCUUCACAAGGAUAUGGUGCUACAGUUAGACUCUGCCCAUCUAGGAGGAUUCCAUCAUGGAAUCUGAUAGCUAGAGAAAAUUCAACUGGUUCUCUUGAGGAUGAAAUCCUCGCGUCUCCCAAUCGUAUAAAUCAUCAAGUAGUUGGAGGGAUUGCUGGACCAUCUAACAGGAACGAUCAUCUCCAGCGAAGUAUACAUGACAGCAGUGACAGUGAAUCUGAGAGUAUAGACUUAAAUUCAUGGACAAGAAGUGGUGGACCUCUCAUGAGGACAGCCUCAGCUAAUAAAUUCAUUAGCUUUGUUCAGAACCUUGAAAUUGACACAGAAUUCAGAGCACUUUCACCAAGGGAAAGCGGAAGUGAUACUGUGUCACCAAAUAAUAAUAACUUCUCGCCUGGUGACACAAUUGACAGAGGGCCAGUUGAUAACCGCACAAUGCGAGUUAAUCCUUAUAGGAGCUCAGGCAAUUCAGGUUGCGAUCCUCAUGAUACUACUGUCCCUAGAUCUCCAUUUGGUCUUACGACAAGUAUCAUGGUGCCUGAAGGUGACUUACUGCAGCCUGAAAAGAUUGGGAAUGGUAUUUUGUUCAAUGUCGUGAGAAGGGAUACUCUUCUAGCAUCUACUUCUGGAGUUGACCCUCAUGGAUCUUCGCGGGAAGCAGAUGUGGAAACAGUACCGACUGAGUCUCUUUAUGGUGCUUCGGACGAUGAUGACAUGGAAUUAAAUGUUGAUGAUGAAGCAGCACCUGACCCUGAAGUAUACAUGAGCAGCAGGAAUAUUGCAGAAAAAUUAGAUUUGUCUGGCUCCACAGGUGGUCAAACUGUAACAAGUGCUACUAGAUCAGAAGCUCCUUCUCUUUUCAAUAUCUGUGUGGAGACCCCUCCAACAACCCCGACCACAAAAAUUAGUCGGCAUGGUGAGCCUUGUUCAGAAGCAGGAUUGGAGAUAGUGAAGACAGAAUGUCCUGAUGGCAGUUCAACUACGGGCAAUGACAAAGCCGACUCAGUUCUUGCUAAUAGAGUCUCUAUUUUUCUCAAGCAUAUGAUGUUGUGUGUUGAGAGAUGUAAAGUUAGGCAGCAUCACCAUCAAGGGGAUGCCGGAGCUGUAAAAUCAUACCGUGUUUCAGUUUCAGAAGAUGAUAGACAUGUCAGGCUUCAUUUGGAGAAGAGAGUCGGAUGUGAUUCUGGAAUCUGGAAGAAACGAACCUGAGUAGCACAGAGGAUUUCCACUAAGAACAUACUAAACUGCAGACUGACUUAAUUUUAUGUUGUACCCCGACUUGGGGGUUUAAACAAUUCAGUUUGAUCUGCUCCAUGUGAUGUUGGCAGUUUAAACUCGUCUCACGGUCAAACUGAAUUGUUUAUCCCCUUGAUAGUCAGUUAAACCCCCCCAGUAGUGGGGGACAAAGAGUGGGUUUUUAUUAGAUCAGAGCGAGUUGAUCUGUUUCUGAAAAUUGCUUGCGAUGGAUGUCAUUAUUUUGUUAAUUCA